AUGAGAAAGAACCAGUGCAGGAACUCUGACAACUCAAAAAGCCAGAGUGCCUUCUUUCCUCCAAAUGAGCACACUAGCCCUCCAGCAAGAAUUCCUAAUGAGGCAGAGGUAGCUGAAAUGACAGAAAUAGAAUUCAGAUUAUGGAUAGGAAUAAAAAUCAUUGAGUUUUGGGAGAAUGUUGAAACCAAAUCUAAGGAAGCUAAGAAUCACAAUAUUAAGAUACAGAAGUCUCCAGUGAAAGCAACUGCACCUGAAGUUAAUGGAGAGAAAGAAGGGGAAAAGGAAGAAGAAGAGGAGGUAAAAGAUGAGGGUGCUAAGUUAGACCAAGCUGAAGAGGGAGGAUCUGAGAAGGAAGUCUCUAGUGAAAAAGAGGAAGGUGAGCAGGAAGAAGGAGAAACAGAGGCUGAAGGUGAAGUAGAGGAAGCCAAAGCUAAAGAGGAAAAGAAAGUUGAGGAAAAGAGUGAGGAAGUGGCCACUAAGGAGGAGUUGGUGGCAGACACCAAGGUGGAAAAGCCAGAAAAAGCCAAGUCUCCUGUGCCAAAAUCACCAAAGGAAGAGGCAAAGUCAAGAGCAGAAGUGGGGAAAGGUGAACAGAAAGAGGAAGAAAAGGAAAUCGAGGAAGCUCCCAAGGAACAGAAGGUAGAGAGAAAGGAAGAGAAACCAAUGGAUGUGCCAGAGAAGAAGAAAGCUGAGUCCCUGGUAAAGGAGGAAGCCAUGGAGGAGGCAGUCACCAUUACCAAAUUGGUAAAGGUGCACUUGGAGAAAGAGACCAAAGAAGACGGGAAGCCACAGCAACAGGAGAAAGAGAAGGAGAAAGUGGGAGGAAAGGGGAAUGAGAAGGAAGGGAGUGAUAAAGGUUCCAAGGAAUCCAGAAAGAAAGACAUAUCUGUCAAUGGAGAGGUAGAAGGAAAAGAGAAGGGAGAGCAGGAGACCAAGGAAAAAGGCAGUGGGAGGGAAGAGGAGUAAGACAUUGUCACCAAUGACCUAGACUUAAGCCCAGCAGAUGAAAAGAAGGGGGAUGAUAAAAAUGAAGAUAAAGUGGUGGUGACCAAAAUAGUAGAAAAAAUCACCAGUGAGGGAGAUGGUGCUACCAAAUACAUCACUAAAUCUGUAACCAUCACUCAAAUGGUCGAAGAGCAUGAAGAGACCUUUGAGGAGAAACCAGUGUCUACUAAAAAGGUAGAAAAUGUCACUUCACAUGCCAUAAUAAAGGAAGUCACCCAGAGUGACUAAGAUUUGAGUCCACUGCAAAAGUUUGAGCCAUACGACAAUUUCAAAAUG